AUGGAUCCAAUCAAACCUCAACCAUUCAAAUUUCGCCACGUGGUGGCCAUGCCUUGGCCAGGAAGAGGCCACAUCAACCCCAUGAUGAACCUCUGCAAACGCCUCGUCCGGCGAGACCCAAACCUCCACGUCACAUACGUCGUCACUGAAGAAUGGCUCGGCUUCAUCGGAUCCGACCCGAAACCCCACCAAAUCCAUUUCUCCACCCUCCCCAAUCUCAUACCUUCCGAACUCGUCCGGGCCAAAAUCACGACAAGAUGGAGGACUUAUCCUUUGACUGAUACAAACAGAUGGAGACUUAAUGGUCAUAAGAGUAGAGCAGAGUCAAAAGAAGAUGAAAUAGUUGACUACAUCCCCGGUUUAUCUCCGACAAGACUCCGUGAUUUGUCGGAGAUCUUCCACGGCUACGUUUAUCAAAGCUUCAUUAAGUUCAAGCCAUGUUACGAUGAUAUCUCAAAAGCUAACUAUCUUCUCUUCCCCUCUACUUAUGAGCUGGAACCAAUAGCCAUCGAUUUUUUCACCUCGAAGUUUCGUUUCCCGGUUUACUCCACCGGUCCGUUAAUACCGUUCCAAGAACUCAAUGACGGUGAGAAACCUGAUUAUAUACGGUGGCUAGACGAGCAGCCUGAAGGCUCGGUGCUUUACAUAUCUCAGGGGAGUUUUCUCUCGGUGACGGAGGCUCAGAUGGAGGAAAUAAUGGAAGGAGUGAGAGACAGCGGAGUCCGGUUCCUUUGGGUGGCUCGUGGGCUCGAUUCAAGGCUUAAGGAGGCUCUUGAAGGUAGUUUGGGUGUUGUAGUAAGUUGGUGUGAUCAGCUACGCGUGUUGUGUCACGCAGCGGUAGGUGGGUUUUGGACGCAUUGUGGGUAUAACUCGACGUUGGAAGGUAUGUAUUCUGGAGUGCCGAUGCUGACUUUUCCUUUGGUUUGGGAUCAGUUUUUGAAUGCUAAGAUGAUUGUUGAGGAAUGGAGGAUUGGGAUGAGGAUGAAGAGCAAGAAGAGUACGGCAGAAAUGUUGAUAAGGAGAGACGAGGUCAAGGAACUGGUGAAAAGGUUUAUGGAUGGAGAGAGUGAAGAAGGGAAAGGUAUGAGAAGAAGGGCUUGUGAUCUCAGUGAGAUUUGUCGUGGAGCUGUUGCAAAAGCCGGUUCUUCAGAUGUUAAUAUCGACGCUUUCAUUAAAGAUAUAACCAUGAUCGUGUGA